GGAUGCAUGAUAAAGGCAACGGAAUCCAAAGGCCAUAGUCUGAAAAUUUGUUAGGGGCCACGGUCUAAAAUUUCGAACUCAAGCACCAAAUCUAAGCAACGAAACCCGGUGGGCGACCGCUCUCUGCGACGACCGCCGCCGCCGGCCCACCGCCCCCAGCGGCACCCGGAAUCUCGCAAUCAUGCUCCAGUUUCCCGGCGUUCAUGCGUCAAUUCCCGUCGCCCACCCUCAUCCCUUCCUCCACUCUUUUCCCACUGUGGGCCCUCGCCCAGAACGACGAGCUGCUCCUCGCCAUGGAGGAAUCCGAGUUCGAAGAGAAGUGGAGUGAAAUUAGAAAGACAAAUAGCAACCUGGUGGUUAUUGGGAACAACCUCGAUUACAAAGAAGACUUCGAUGCUGAUGCAGAAGAUGAUGCAGAUAAUGUGGAGGAAUCUGAGGGUGAUGAAUUUGAGCAGGAGACUGGUUGAUGUGUCCUGAGUUAUUAGUAUUAUCAUUAUCUUUUAAACUUGCUUUGGUGCAAUUUGGAAACUUCUAGUUACUUAUUUACUACUUGACUUGUUGAUCAUGAAGUACUUGACAAUGUGGCUUUUGGAUACAUUAAAUAUGUUUGUUAAAUGACAUCAAGGUCAAAUUUCUAUAUGCACAUCCGCAUUUGAAAGGAAUUGCUUUUGUUUUCU